AGGAGGAAUGCGAAGCUCCAUCCAGUGUUGAGAACGCGAGCAUUUGCGCAGAUAGUCUGCGCUGGGGCGACAACGUACGCACCGCAUUUCAUCCCCUGGAAGUUUGCUGUUGAGCUCUCGCUGCUGAGCCACCCGGUCUGCAAAAGUGUGUCUGCAAAAGAGCGGAGCGACGCGUCAAGGGAUCCACCAUGGUGAUCAAAGUGUACAUAGCAUCGUCCUCCGGAUCCACUUCGAUUAAGAAGCAGCAGCAGGAUGUGAUGGGCUUCCUGGCGGCCAAUAAGAUCGAGUUCGAGGAGUGCGACAUUGCGGCCAACGAGGCCAACAGGAAGUGGAUGAGAGAGAAUAUUCCGGAGGAGUCCAGGCCGGCUACGGGGAACCCUCUGCCCCCACAGAUAUUCAAUGAAAGCAAAUAUUGUGGGAACUAUGAGGCCUUCUUCGAUGCCAGAGAGGACAAUGCUGUGUAUGCAUUUCUGGGCCUGACCGCUCCCCCGGGCUCUAAGGAGGCCGAAGCUUUGGCGAAGAAAGCGCAGCAGUAGCAGCUGGACACCAUUUCUACCUGAGACCUCAGGCUCCCCGUCAAAACGCACCUGGACCCAGACUGACCUGGAAGAGACCCAGGGAAUAAAAGCAACACUUCACUCAGCUUAUAAAUAUGUGGACGGUUUUGAUUUAUGUUUUUUUUAAUAAUCUGUGUUCAGCUGUGCCUUGCCAGCUGUAGUGAAAGGAGGUAUUACAGCAGAGAAUUAUGGGCAUCUAGAAUCAGCUCUGCUUCCUCCCGUUAACCUCAGCCUGCUAAGCCUAUUGGCCUAAUGCCAUGUCAAUCAACCUGCCUGUGUAGCUUCCUAUUUGACCAUCAGACACAAGAAAACAUACAGAAUAUUGUAACACAGAUCCAACAGAAUGUCAUCCAUGUUAACAUUAGAACAUCGCCAUCGUUUAUUUAACUCGUUUAAUCAGAAAUCUUAAAUCGCACUGAAUCAAAACGUGUGCUACUGCCAGUUUCUUCAUCGUCAAAACUGCAGCACCUUCUGUCAAAGGUUCUAUUACAAUCCCAUUCUAUAUGUUUUAUUUACUUUAUGUUGUCUUAAUGCUGUUUUAAUAGCAAACUUUUUUCUACGAGAUGAUAUAUGUUAAAAAAAAAAAAAAAAGGUGACAAUACAUGCCAAAAUGUGCAAGUCUGCAAACACAGAGGGAUGUGAAAAGGAGUUUUUGUAUGUGCCAUUUGUUUGGUUUUUUUUUUAGGAGAAAUUGGAUAGCUGUUUGUUUUUACUAUAAGAAUCUUGUCUCGCAUUGUGUUGUAAUCCCCCGUCUGAUAUAGGUUGGUACAGCGACUUCACCGAAGUGAAAUAGAAAUAAGAAGAAAACUUGACUUGUGAAACAGUCAACCAAAUUGAAUUAACUUCUGCCUCCCCGUAACAUACUGUUAUUUUAUAUGUACAAUAAAUAAUUUUAAGUUGACAGAAUGUGAA